AUGAAAAAGCAGCAUAAUCAUAAAAGCAGCUACUCCCUUUCAAGAAAUGGAAGUUUCGAUGUGCUUGAAGAGCUGGAAAAAACGAAGUUUGAAAUUGCAUCAGUUUUUAGCCCAAUUGGCUCAAAAUGCUCCUCACCUCUAUUUGAAAAUAGAGCAAAACCUAUAAGGGUUAAAGAAAGCCCGUACGGGAAGUUACCAGCAAUCAGUAUUCAUCGAAAUCCGAUGAGCAUGAUAAGUGGUAGGGAGAUUAGUUCUGAAUGGAAAAAGAAAUACCAGCAUGUCAAUAAAAGUAGGCUUCAUCAAUGAGCUGUGGCAAAAAGUAUAAUAGACAGAAAUAUUAACCUCAAUAGAGCCGAAUUAUUUUUAGAAAACCACGGAAUUCGGUUUUCCCACUAUUAUUCAAACUCAAAUGUAUAG